CCCCUGCGCUCUGACUCGUCCACACUGUGUGACAGCGGAAGGCUGGGCUGUCCCGAGCAUUAUCUAAACACUCACACACACACACACACACACCGCCUCUGACACACACAUAUGCACACACACACACACACACUCAGUAACUGCCUGUGCCAGAGCCUGCCUGCGCGCUCAGCUCAAGCCCUCUUAAAGCUGUUUUUCUGCUGGAGAUCAGCGAGAGCUAUAACGACACACAGCUGCCUCUGCUGAAGACACAAGGACAAGAGGAGAACAGAGGGAGGGGAGAAGAGGACAGGAAGGAGGAGAGGAGAGGAGGAAACAAAACCAUCAGCGCAGCCUCUUAACUUCUGUGUCUCUCUCCGGCGGUCCGGUGCAGUCAUUCUUCAGCAGGGAGUGUUUUCUGCCGUAGUUCAGGACUUUGUGAGAGAGUGGGGGGGUUGGAAAAAGAAGAAGAGAGGUUGGAGUUCACAUGACAUAAUCGGAGUGAAUGGGUUGCCAUGGUGACUCACCCAGGGAGCCUGACCCGUGCAGAGUGAAUGAAGGGAGCGCCUUGGACGCCAAGUGAACGAUAAACUAACGGAGGGGAGUCACCAGAGAGAGACAGAGAGAGAGGAGAGAGAGAGGAGAGCGAAGGAGUGGUGGAUAACAGAGGGAGCACAGAGGAGCGGAGCAGAGGUUGAGAAUGGAGGACGGGUUUUCCAGCUACAGCAGCUUGUAUGACACCUCAUCACUGCUACAGUUCUGCAACGAUGACAGUGCGUCAGCAGCCAGCAGUAUGGAGGUUACCGACCGCAUCGCCUCUCUGGAGCAGAGGGUCCAGAUGCAGGAGGACGAAAUCCAGCUGCUGAAGUCCGCUCUGGCCGACGUGGUGCGCAGGCUCAACGCGUCCGAGGAGCAGCAGGCCAUGGGCUCACGCAGAGGACCCACCAAAGACCCUGCUUUGAUGAGAAAGUCUCCCUCAGCAGACAGCAAUGUUGGGAAGCCAGCCAGGCCAAUGAUCGCCACCCUGCCGUUACGGCCCACAGUCAACAACGGGACCAUCCUACCAAAGAAAGGCAGCAGCACUCUGCCCUCCCCGUCUGGAUCCGGAUCCAGGAAGGACAGCAGCACAUCUGCCGGCAAGAGUCCCGCCAAUCUGUCCAGUUUGUCCUAUCUGUCUCGCUCUACCAGAAUGCUCUACCUGCCCCUCAGCACUGUGAGGAGAGCCAACUCAAACGAACACGUGGGAACUCUCACGCGGAAAGAUUCGGGCGACAACAAGGGCAACCGAACCCGCGCCGGAUCCACGGGCAGCAAUUCCAGCGGCAAAAGAAGUGACAGCAAACAGAGGGAUCCAGUGUUCAAUGCAGGGAUGCGACGUGUGACCCACUGCAAAGAGGAAGGUUAUGUGAAAAUGUACUUGAAGGGUCGUCCCAUUACCAUGUACAUGCCCAAAGACCAGGUGGACAGCUACUGUCUGGAGGCCAGAGCUGACCUGCCCAGCAACAAACUCAAACUGGACUGGGUUUACGGUUACCGCGGUCGAGACUGUCGCUCCAACCUUUACUUGUUGCCCACUGGAGAAACGGUGUACUUCAUCGCCUCAGUGGUCGUCCUGUUCAACGUGGACGAGCAGCUGCAGAGACACUACACCGGACACACGGAUGACAUCAAAUGCCUGGCCGUCCACCCCGAUAAAAUCACCAUAGCAACCGGGCAGGUGGCGGGCACCUCUUGGGAUGGAAAACAGCUGGCUCCUCAUGUCCGUGUGUGGGACUCCGUCAGCCUCAACACUCUCCAUGUUCUAGGCACAGGCUUCUUUGACCGAGCUUUGGUCUGCCUGGCGUUCUCCAAGUCGAACGGAGGAAACACAUUGUGUGUCGUAGACGACUCCAAUGACCACGUCCUCUCUGUCUGGGACUGGCAGAGGGAGGACAGACUGGCUGAGGUUAAGUGCUCCAACGAGUCGGUGUUUGCUGCAGACUUUCACCCGACAGACAGCAACAUCGUAGUGACCUGCGGGAAGUCCCAUCUCUACUUCUGGAACCUGGAGAAAGGCGUGCUGGUCAAGAAGCAAGGACUGUUUGAGAAACAAGAGAAGCCCAAGUUUGUGUUGUGUGUGACAUUUGCCGAAAAUGGAGACACCAUCACAGGAGACUCAAGUGGGAACAUCCUGGUGUGGGGAAAAGGCACUAAUCGCAUCAGCCACGUCAUCCAAGGAGCUCACGAGGGCAGCAUCUUUGCUCUGUGCAUGCUGAGGAACGGCACGCUGGUGUCUGGAGGCAAAGACCGCCGGCUCAUUUCUUGGGACAGCAGCUACCAGCAGAUACAAACGGUGGAAGUGCCUGAGUUGUUUGGUCCCAUCCGGACCGUAGCGGAGGGCCGAGGGGAGACUGUGCUCAUUGGGACCACCAAGCACUUUGUUUUGCAGGGCAGUUUGGACGGAGAAUUCAUGCCUAUUACGCAGGGUCACACUGAUGAGUUGUGGGGUCUGGCUGUCCACCCCAAGAAGCCUCAGUUCCUCACUUGUGGUUAUGACAGGCAGGUCUGCCUGUGGGACUCAAGUUCCCAUCAGCUCAUCUGGAUCAAGACUUUGGAAGAUGCUGCCCAAUCAGCAGGCUUCCACCCGUCUGGAGCUGUGGUUGCCAUAGGAACCCAGACUGGCAGGUGGCUGGUCCUGGACACUGACACUAAGGAUCUGGUCACAGUGCACACAGAUGGGAAUGAACAGCUGUCUGUCAUGUGCUACGGGCCAGAUGGUAACUUCCUGGCCAUCGGUUCCCACGACAACUACAUCUAUAUCUACGCCGUGGCGGAAAAUGGGAGGAAGAACAGCCGAGUGGGGAAGUGCUCGGGCCACUCUAGUUUCAUCACCCAUCUGGACUGGUCAGUGGACUCCCAGUACCUGGUGUCAAAUUCAGGGGACUAUGAGAUACUCUAUUGGAUCCCAUCCGUGUGUAAACAGGUGGUCAGUGUGGAGACCACCAGAGACAUCGAGUGGGCCACCCACACCUGCCCUCUGGGCUUCCAGGUGUUUGGCUUGUGGCCCGACGGCUCAGAUGGCACCGACAUCAACGCCGUCUGCAGGUCCAGCGAUAAAAGCCUCCUGGUUAUCGGAGACGACUUUGGGAAGGUCCACCUAUUCUCAUACCCUUGUUCUCAGUUCAGGGCUCCCAGCCAUGUUUAUGGCGGCCACAGCAGUCACGUGACCAACGUGACCUUCCUGCAUGAUGACGGCUACCUGGUGUCAACUGGAGGGAAGGACAUGAGCGUGAUGCAGUGGAGGAUAGUCUGAGGGAGCCGACUGAAACGGAUACUGUUGGUUUCUUACUGCUGCUGGGGCCUGAAACCCUGCGGUGAACUGCACUAAACUGAACCAAACCAAACUUUAAUUAACGCUAAAAAAAAAGUGGCUGAACUGAAGUGAACUGACAGAAGAGGAACCCGAGUUUUCCUUCCUGAACUGUUGGAGGUGUUAUGUGCGGUUGCUUGAAAUACAAAAAUCCUGAAUAUUACACCUUUUCUUUAGUCACACUACAUGUAAAAAAAAAAAACCUCUAUGUAGCACUGUAGCCAAGUCACCAAUGACAUGAGACAAAAUGGAUCAAAUCCAGCUAAACAGAACCAAAGGCUCUGACUUUUUGAAGGCAUCGGUAUAGUUUUGGCUUUCACUGUUCUUGUAUUGUGCGCACUCCUCCCACAGAUGAAGAGGUUCCAGACUGAAUAUCAUCGCGCUGGAGAUCCAAGAGCUUUGGAACAAAAACUGUGUACGGAAAGACAGAACUUAGUGAUUUUCUAAUUGUUAAACUUUCUUUUAUUUUGUAUUUAACAACUCAGGAAAGCACUAGUGAAGCAGGACUCUUCUCUGUUAUUAACAGAUCAGAACGAGCCCUAAACACAUCUCACUAAAACUACAGUUAAUAUCAGAUUCAGCUGUUGUCCAACCAUUAUUGAUUCAUUUGCAUUGACUAAAAACGACCUAUACAGUCAAGGCAAAUGCUGAAUUUGGUGGACAUGAUAAUUAAAUACAGCGCAGUCCAGUCAGAUGUGACGUUACCCACCAUUUGAAACUAUGAUCCUUUAAGGGAAAUGAGAAAAUAGUUACGAUUUUAACCAUUUUCUACAACAUUAUCUGAACAUGUUCUAUGUUUUCGUGCUUCCAGGUCUUAAAAAAUGGCACCUCUCUUAUUAUUUAUUGGUCCAAUCCUUUAGUGACAAUUUCAGUUCCUUUGAGUUUUUCCCUGCAAUAAUCCUCUGUUUAGUCCCAUACGUGUAAAUAAACUGAGAGGCUUGAAACAGAUAUGAGCAAAAACGUGGGUGAAUACACCGUAUUUGAAAGUGUUUCAGAUUUUGGGAUGGCUUGUUGUGUCUUUCCUUUUUGCCUUUAGAUGCAAAGAAGAUGAAAAGCAAGCCUGUAUUGUUUUUUGUUUUUUUGUAAUGAUGUGAAGCUUUUUCAAAUCUGCAUCUAUCUGCAUUUUACUGCACCGGGAUCAGUUUAGGAAGAGGAAGGAUGAGACCAUUACACUGUAACUGUUUACGUCUGAUGUGCACCAUCAGAAGAUAUUUAACUGAACUGAACCUUCUUGAGGUGUUUUUGUUUUUCUAUAAUGCACUGCUUCAGGCUGAUACACAUGCAGCAGGCCUAUUUACCUGCACAAUACAACAAGCAGAUCACCGUUCAGUACUUUCCAGAGCAUUUCAUCAACCAAUGAAGUCUGCUUUCAACCUUCCAGGAUGCGCUCUGUCCGUACACCUGCUGUAUGUCUCACGGUUAACAGCAAACCAAUAUCACACACAUGCAUGAAUAAACAAGAUUUCUUUUGACAGGGGUUCAGCAGAUUUUAGUAUGACCGUAACUGAUAUAUGAGGCAUAUUGGUGUUUUAUGGUUGGCUGAUUAUUGGAGUUGUCUUAUCAGGAAAAACACUUAAAUCUAACAGCAGUGAUAUAAAGUCAGCACUCUACAGACUGGAUGUAACAUGAUUUGUCCUACCACUAAACACCUUUAAACACUAAGGGGCUGCAGAAUACCAUUGAACUUUAACAUCUGUCUGAAAGUAAAUGCAACAUGAAAUUCCUA